CUCACAUUGAAUACAUUUCUAAUUGGAUAUUGAAGUGGCCCGCACAAUUCUAAACCCUUGUUCUGGGCGCGUUCAAGAGCUUUCUAAUUAAUCUUCACCGUGAUGUGGUAUGAAAUUCUUCCAGCGCUUUCAAUAGUAACCGGAAUAACAUUUGCUAUUCCACCUUUAUUAAGUGUAACUAAUUAUGCGUUUCUUGGUAGAUGGUCUCCACCUAGUUUAUUUCGAUUUAAACAAGACUUCUUUCUACAUUUACGUGAUAAAGAUCUUGAAGGACCACUUUUAUUUGAAGAUUCAGAGUUUAUCAUCAAGGAUUAACGAAAUGUUUAUUAACUGAUAAUGUGUAUCUCUAUGUAGAUUUUAGCAAAAAAUAAAUUUGUUGAUUUACAA